AUGGAUUCUCCUUUACUUUGCAUAAACCUGAUAUUUCCAAACAUACCCUAUUCAUCAAAUCUAAAAACCACUACCAAAUGCUCAUCAUCAUCAUCAUCAUCAUCAUCAUCACUCUCAAGCGCCCCAAGCAUACAUCAUGAGUGGGAUGAAAAUAUCCAACCUGAAACCCUAGUCUCCCACGAUCAGGAACAAAGGCCGCUAUCCGAAAUGUGGAAGGAAAUGCAAGGCCUUAAUAACUGGGAAGGCCUUCUAGACCCAACACUCAAUCCCCAUCUUCGACAAGAAAUCAUCCGAUAUGGUGAAUUCGCCCAAGCCUCGUACGAUUCCUUUGACUUCGACCCUCACUCCAAGUACUGUGGCACGUGUAAAUACCAAGGUGCUCAUUUCUUCGAAAACCUGGACAUGGCAGAUCGAGGCUACCAAAUCAGCCGAUAUCUAUAUGCAACUUCCAACAUCAAUCUCCCCAAUUUCUUCCAAAAGUCGAAGGUCAGUAGCGUGUGGAGCACCCAUGCAAACUGGAUGGGCUACGUGGCCGUAGCCACAGACGUGGAUGAAAUCAAAAGACUUGGUCGAAGAGACAUAGUGAUUGCAUGGAGAGGAACAGUCACAUACCUUGAAUGGAUUUACGACCUCAAAGACAUUCUCCGGCCAGCUUAUUUUUGCAGUGAUCCCUCAGUGAAGAUCGAAUCUGGGUUCCAUGAAUUAUACACCAAGAAAGAAGAUACGUGCAAAUACUGCUCAUUUUCUGCUCGUGAACAAGUUCUAGCAGAGAUCAAGAGGCUCCGUGAACGCUACGAAGGAGAAGAGAUUAGUAUUACAAUCACAGGUCAUAGUCUCGGGGCUGCUUUGGCUAUUUUGAGUGCCUAUGAUAUUGCAGAAAUGGGACUAGAUGUUAUACGUGAUGAUGGUAGGGUGGAGACUAAAAUUCCAAUCACCGUGUACUCAUUUUCGGGUCCUAGAGUGGGAAAUCUUAAGUUCAAGGAAAGAUGUGAUGAGCUUGGAGUUAAGGUGCUGAGAGUCAUCAAUGUGCAUGCUAAGGUACCUACAGUGCCUGGUAUCAUUGCAAAUGAGAAGUUUAGGUAUCAAAAGUACAUAGAAGACACUAUUUCAUUUCCUUGGAGUUAUGCUCAUGUUGGAGUGGAGCUUGCACUGGAUCACACCCAAAGCCCAUUUCUCAAGCCCACUAAUGAUUUUGGGUGUGCACACAAUCUUGAAGCUCAUUUGCAUUUGGUCGAUGGGUACCAUGGGAAGGGCAAAAAGUUCUGCUUGGUUACCAAGAGGGAUAUUGCACUAGUGAACAAGAGCUGUGAUUUUUUGAAGAGCCAAUAUGGCGUGCCGCCACACUGGCAGCAAGAUGAGAACAAGGGUAUGGUGAGGAAUAGGGAUGGGAGGUGGGUUCUGCCAGAGAGGCCCAAAGUUGAAGCUCACCCACCUGAUAUGUUUCACCACCUUGAGCAACUGCUCAAUAAAUCACCUGGCUCUCAACUUGAAAUGCGUUGAUUACGACUUGAAAACUAAUACUUUUCUUGCGCUUAUUAGUUGAUCAUUUUCUUUUUCUCUACAUUAUGUUGACUAAUGAUGUGAGGAGGGCAUACCUAUGGAGUUAU